AUGUCAACCUCUGCCUAUGGCCCAGUCACUACUUCAGGAACUGUCGUUUCAUACCUCCCCCUGACCACUGCAUGGUCCGCUCCAGCCGAGUGUUCUUCCCUCUUUCUAGAUACAAACGGCCACCUCUACCUGAAUGCGCCGGAAUACCACAAUGGUGUAUCAGGAUCUCCUGAAUGUGUGCCACCGGAGGUAUCUGUAUGGUGGUACCAGAGUUUGAACCCUGCCUCUCCAACAGAGACUCUGCUCGGAGGAUACGAUUUCGCAUGCCCGGAGGCGUAUACGACUGCAUUCUUCUUCCUUGUGGGCUCGACCUCAACUAUAGGCUGCUGUCCAUCUCUUUAUACUUAUGGCGGCACAUGGUGGGAGCAUGGCAACCCAAACCAAUGCUCAUCUACUAUUCCUGCUGGGACGAUCACAUACGUCCAGCCCUAUAGUGGAACUAUGUACUCAAGUACAAGCUUAUAUGUGUCAACACCCACCACCAUAACCGGAGUACAAGUCAAUGGAUUCAAGAUCGAAACAGCGCCGCAAACGGCCCCGCCAAUGACAACCUCUACGACAGUAUCAAACAGCGCAUACGUUGCCACACCGUCAACGGAGGCCACAAAUACUCCCUCUGGGCUUGAGACGAAAGAAAAGAUCGGCAUUGGUGUUGGCGUGUCUUUUGGCACGUUAACCCUGAUGGGCCUGCUAGCGAUUUGGUUCCUCUUGCGAAGAAGGAAACGAGAUCUGCAGAACGUAAACCCACCUGAGACCUUCCAUGAGAAAACUCAUGCGAAGCCAGAGCUUGAUUCUGCUCCUGCACCGGUAACACGUGAGAGUAUCCCUGGGACUUCAUACGGGAAACCAGAGCUUGAGUCUGCCUCUGCGCCGGUGAAAGAAACGAACCUAGCAACUAACUUCUAUGAGAUUGGGCCCUCCCCAAUGUCCCAACCCAUUGCUGAGUUGGAUAGUACUAUACCGGUAAAUUCACUCAAGGCAAAUGACCUUCUUACCGACGCAGACAUCUCCGAGAUGGAGAGACGUGCGCUCGAAGAAGAAACAUCCGGUGCCUAUGCAGCAGCCGAGGAGACAUACCAGCGGGUAAUCAAAUGGCGUGAGAGUCAUCAGGGUCCGGCGCACCCAGCCACGCUUACUAGCAUCUACCGCCUUGUUCUAGUCUUGAACAUGCGCAACAAGACAAUUCAGGCCGACGAACUGUACCGCGAGCUCAUACAACGAGAUCAGACGCUGACAAAUCCCCCUCGUCCAAGCUGGCCUCUUAUCGGGGAGGAUUUAAUGCUACAAGGCAAGAAUAAUGAAGCUGCCGAGAAGAUGAUCAGACAGGAACUAGCGCUGAAUAUGCGGGUGCUGGGACCAGAGCACUUGUUGACAAUAUUCAGCCAGGGCAAUUUGGCGAAUGUGCUUCGACGACAGCUCAAACUCGAGGAAGCUGAGAAGGCGUACCGGCUUGUGCUGCAGAUGAGUGAUAAGGUGUUGGGUCCUGUGCAUGCAUAUUCCUUGCAACAGAUCAACAAUCUAGCUGUGACAUUGUCGAUGCAAAACAAGAAGGAUGAGGCAAGGGAAAUCUAUCGGCAGACGCUGGAGCGCACUAUUAGUAAGGUGGGCUACGAUCACCCAGAUACCUACCCCAGUCUACAUAAUUUGAAGGGAGAGUUAGACGAGGAUGAGGAUUUACAGAUUAAGAUGUCAACUCCCAGGAAUAAGUCGCUUCCAGAGGGCCAAAAAUAUCAGGCAACGGCUACGAUAGUCCGUAUGGACAAAUAA